AGUUACCUAUACUUAUGUGUUUGUCUGCUUCAUUUCCUCUUUAAACACAAUUCAUAACCUUUGUUCCUAUCUCUCUUUCUCUCUCUCUGUGUGUUUUAAAAAGAUUUAGAUACAGCCAUAUUUGUAUACACACACAUAUAAGCAUAUAAACACAUACAUAUAUGUAUAUACAUGCAUGAAAUGACCACCGCUAUUUUCCUUGUGUACCCAAGUACAUGCUCAAAAGCCGGUGCCUAUAACAUAUAUGAUUUAAUGUCUCAGAGAGUGUUUGCUGCCCUGCACUGCCCUGUUUUGCUUUCUAAUAGCUUGCACUCAGUUGAAUUUAAAGGCUAAAUUUGCAGCUUUUUAGGGGGAGAAGAAGAGCAGGUUGGAGUUGUAUGCUGCUUGGGAUUGGAUAAACAAAAUAACAUCAAGAUUUUGUAGACAGUAUAAGAGCAGGGUAUGUUGCAUACUGAUGAAGUGAAACUUGGUCAUGUCCUUGUGAUCAGAAGAAGUAAAAAUGAAGUUUAUGAAACUUGGGACAAAGCCCGACACAUUUUACACAGAAGAGGCUACCAGGACUUUGAUAUCAGAGAUACCAAGUGAUCUUGUUAUACGAAUUAAUAAUAUUAGUUAUCUUCUGCACAAGUUUCCACUUCUUCCGAAGUGUGGCCUCCUGCAAAGACUUUGCUCGGAUUCUGAUGAUUCUGAAAAUGUUACUAUUGAUCUCCAUGAUAUUCCCGGAGGGGAAGAUGCUUUUGAGCUGUGUGCCAAAUUCUGCUACGGGAUAGCAAUCAAUCUCAGUGCUCAUAACUUUGUGGCUGCAUUUUGUGCUGCCAAGUUUCUUCGGAUGACUGAGUCGAUUGAGAAGGGAAAUUUUGUGCUAAAGCUUGAGGCUUUCUUCACAUCAUGCAUCCUAGAAGGUUGGAAGGACACAAUUGUCACGCUACAAAUGACUGCCAAGUUACCUGAAUGGUCUGAAAAUCUUGGAAUCAUCAGAAGGUGCAUAGAUUCAGUUGUUGAGAAAAUACUCACACCUCCUUUAACAUAUAUAUAUAUAUAUAACUCACAUGUCAGUACUUCCAAGCAGGAGCAUCCUGAGAUAAGCAAAGCAGAUAAGAAGCGUCUUUGCAGAGGUCUAGACUGCCAGAAACUCUCUUCCGAAGUACGUGCUCACGCUGUGAAAAACGAAAGGCUGCCAUUGAGAACAGUUGUCCAGGUCCUGUUUUUCGACCAAGAAGGCAGUUCUAGAGCUCCUAGCCAAAAGCAGCCGGCAAUGGAGCUCUUGUCCAGAGGAAAACAGACAGACAAACCGGGUGUCGAACAUGAUAUAAGUAGGCUGCAAUUGGGUUCAGAUGAAAGAACCAACAAGGCAGAUGGAACAAGGAGAAGUUCAGUUCCUGAAACCAGUGCAAGAGACAAUCAUCACAGAAUGAAGAGAAGUGAUGAGAAGAUGCUGCUGGUAGAAAUGGAAAGAAAGAUGAUGAGAGGAGAGAUUGAUGAGAUUGAGUUUGAAAAGGGAGUAAGAGAAAGUAGAGGAGAAGGUAAUUCUGGGAUCAAAUUGGACCCAAAGAAGAUAUUACAGAGGGGAAAUAGAUCAGACCAGGGCCAUGAAAAAGGCAGAGACAGAUAGUAUAAAUUGAACAACAAAUAACCCUUCUGUUUUACUUUUUUUUUUUUUUUGGCAAUUUGUACUAAUUGCAAUUCUGGUUUUCUUCUUUGUGUUAAUAAAUUUUCAAUUUGUAAAACCAAUUGAAAAACAAACCCAUUGUGAAUUA